AUGAUUGAUCCUGACGCACCCCCGAAAAUUGAAGACGGAUUUUAUCUUCACAUGUUAAAAUCAAACGUGCCAGGUUUAGCACUGAAAUCGAAGGAGAACAGCAAAACUGUAGGCAUUGACUACAGAGGUUACAAGCCACCAACUCCACCUCGCGGUACUGGUCCACACCGCUACAUAAGCUUGCUUUACGAGCAAGGCGACGGCAACAAUUUUUUGCCACCCGUGCCACCAACGCGUUCUCGCUUCUCAUUAUCCAGCUGGUUGAGAGGAAAAAAUCUUUGUGGUCCGGUCGCAGGCACUUUAUUCCGAUCUCAAUCCUAG